CCUCCGCCGCCCUCCGCCUCUCCGCGGCCAGCACGGCGCCCGCUGAGUGGAAUUUGCACGAGCGGCGUUCCUCGCGUCGCGGUUUAGUUCAGUGUACGUGCGACCGUUCGCGGCCGAGGACGUUUUCCCGCGUCGCGCGCACUGUACUAAAGCUUAUUACGCAGUUGAUACCGUCGCCGACCGCGUGGAUUUUUGUUGACUAACUUUUAUGUGUAUUAAUAUUCUUAAAGUGUAUCAGGACUGCGUACGCAACGUCUGAAACUGCGUUAAGAACCCAGUGAUAGCUCUUAUCAGUGCGGAAAAGUUUCAAAGUGUUAUUAUAACUCUGAAGGACAGCCGAAUUUGCGCAGCGACAAUCUUCGAGACUAUUGAUGCUAGUGGCGAUCGUGGGCGAUACGAUAUUCAGAGUUUCGGGCCGAUUUGAGCCACGUUACAAGGUUAUCGCGCCUCUAGCCCACCAGUGAUGAAUUGGAAAAUCGGCGCGUAGUCACUCACGUGGUGUGCGCCCCGCCCCCGCCUCGUCCGCGCUUAUAUUUAGCGAAAAUCGCCUCUCGGGAACGGUCCGACGGCCGAUACUCUCUGCGUACAACGCUGUUAAUGAACGUUAGUGAGACGCCACAUGUUAUUGGCUUCGAAUAACAGAGCCGAUAAGGAGAAGAUAGAUAACCUCUGCGGAUCGCGGCCUGUGUCCGACGAUUCUGGAAAUAGAAAGAAAUCGCUUACAAAAUCAGAAAAGUGAUUGCGUUGAGAUGCUAACGGCCGAUAUCGGCACGCGCCUGUGAGCGCUCGAACCGGUACACCUAUCGAAAAUUUUCCACUGUUGUAGAGAGUCGGCGAAAUGUCAAUUCAGGGAGGCGGCGGUUACCAGAGCCCUUGGUCAUCUCAGACGGGGCUGUCAGAACUAGAGGGAACAAUGGCAGAGUUGGAACCAUUAGGUGAACUGGCUGAGGUUGGCUUCGAGCCACAGACGCGCGCGCGAUCCAACACGUGGCCGCUUCCAAGGCCAGACAACUACGUCGAGCAGGUAGACGAAGCCGGCUCUAAGAAGAAUUCCAACCAGAAUCUAUCUGGAGCCCCACCAAUACCAGCGAAGAAAAAUUCAUCGCGCCGCAACGCCUGGGGCAAUCUUUCGUACGCAGAUCUCAUAACGCAAGCCAUCACCUCGGCACAGGACAACAGACUCACACUGUCGCAGAUAUACGAGUGGAUGGUCCAGAAUGUGCCAUAUUUCAAAGACAAAGGGGAUAACAAUUCAUCCGCAGGAUGGAAGAAUUCGAUAAGACACAACCUGUCUCUUCACAACCGCUUCAUGAGAGUUCAGAAUGAGGGUACUGGCAAGUCAUCAUGGUGGAUGAUCAAUCCCGACGCCAAGCCCGGAAAAUCCGUCAGGAGGCGAGCCGCUUCGAUGGAAACCUCGAAAUUCGAGAAACGAAGAGGAAGGGUAAAGAAAAAGACCGAAGCUUUAAGAAAUGGAGCCACAGCUGAUGCAACACCUAGCCCAAGUAGCUCAGUAUCGGAGAGCAUCGACAUAUUCACAGACUCACCAAUGCACAGCAGCAGUUUCCAGUUGUCGCCUGACUUCCGCCAGCGUGCUCCAUCAAACGCUUCAUCUUGCGGACGUCUGUCUCCAAUUCCUUCAAUGAUCCCUUCAGAACCAGAUUGGAAGCAAGAAUACGCGAAUGACUACGCCACCAAUACAGACUUCUCACAAGCGGACUACACGCAAGAGGAACAGUUGGCAGGUUCGCUGGCCGAUUCCAUGAAGCUGCAGGGAGCCGAUCCAUUCCUGAACCCGUACGUGCCAACGACCUCGUCAUCUACUUCAGGCGGUAGUUUUCGGUAUGGAUCCUACGGAACCUGCCCAAGACACCCUCACGGAGGCUGCACGUGUGCCUCUAUGUACUCGCAUCCUGCCCAUCCUGCCCACCCCACACACCCACAUCAGCAUGCCUUGGAUCAUUUCGUCAGGCCACCGCCGUCUGCUGAUCAAGCCGAUAUCAUGCAAACGGGUAAUAGGCAAACUCAAAUGGUGACGACGUCGGAUCCAGCUUUGAUGAAUGGUGGAAUGAUGGUGCAGGCCGGUGGAAUGGGUCCAACGACUGUCAUGGGACAGAUAAUGGGCGCCUUGAAUUCUGGUUUGGUAGAGGACUUAAAUUUCGAAGCAUUGGAGCAUGGCUUCGACUGCAAUGUAGAUGAGGUCAUAAAACACGAACUCAGCAUGGACGGGUCCUUAGACUUCAAUUUCCCUCAGCAGCAGACCGCAAUGGCUGCCGAAGCAGAGAGCCAGUUCGUUGCGCCCGCACCUCCUGUACCCACCACGCUGUCCGGGGGCGGAACCCCCCGCACUGCCUACUCCGUCACCCCCUCCUGGGUCCACUGAAAGAACCCACAAAACGGACUAGUUACCUACUUACAAUAAUAAUCACGACGCUCUCAAUUCUGAGCGUCGUUUUCGACAUCUAUUUUAGUAAUGUUAACUAAUGUUAGAGUUUUUAUAUUAAUUAAGGACUGUUACCGGGCGUUGUUGAUAUGUCAAUUGUGUUAGUGUAGGCUUUAGUGUUAAGCUAGGUGGAAGCUUGUGAUAUGGCUAGUUAGGUAACGGACUGUGGACUCAGGGGACGCGGGUGAUGAGUUGUGGAGAUUAAACACCAAGAACAAAGAAUCCCGUAAGCUCAUCUCUGAAGUCUGCUGCAAUUCAUGGAAUAUCAUUGAAGACUCCCCGAAGGAUAGUCAACCCAGUUGCGCUGAAAGGGAAAUGUAAUGAAUUCCAAAACGUAUAUUUCGCCAAAUGACGUACACAAGUUGGCGAUCGGACAUAACGAUUCAUCACAAACUCGAACCAUUGUCGAGACCAGUUAAUUAUGGAGACUGAACAGUGUUCUAACUUUUACUCGAAGAAAACGUUUGACGAACUAAAGUGAAAAAGUGAAACGAUAUUUGUGCCCUUUCUAUUUGGGAGAUUGCCAAGAGAACUAACUUCCUUUAGUUUAAUACCAUGCUUCGCGGUCCUCAAAUAUUGUAAUGAGCGUUCUGUUAAUUAGUAGGCACAUGACUGACUUCGAAUAUUCCGACCGAUUUGAAUGGAAUUCGUCUGUAUAAUCGAUGUAUUGUGCUAAGGUCUCUUGCGCUUUCGCCAUGAGCCAAUUUUUACUUUGUCGUCAUCAUCGUUAGCUUUAUAUCUGUGUUCAUAAAAUCUAAAAUUAAAAAAAUUAUGCACACACGUAACAUCGUAUGAAUUAUUUUAAAUGAAAACUGAAGUGAACAACAUAAAGUGUUCAUUACAACAAAUAUACAAUGAUAGUUGGUUGUGCGAUUUUCGUCGAGUUAUUUUACUGGACAAACAAAUAAAGAUUUUAUUUAUGAAUACGCGAAUGUAAUUGUAAAGCGCUUUUGAAUAGUUUUCUAUUUAAAAAAAAAAACAUUUCACCUCAUUUAAAAAUCAAUUUGUAGUUUUUUUAUAGUAAUGCCAUAAUUAAUUUUAAGGAUAGUGUUUUACAGCCAUUAAUACACCAAAAAUCACUCAUUUUGCUAGCUCUACGAUUUAUUGGCGUGAAUUUUUAAAGUAAACAGUAUAAAGGUACAUGUUUCUUGUGUAUCUGUUAUCUCAGAGAUAACAGUUUAGAGUUCUGCUCAAGAACACAUGCAUUGUAAUAAAUUGAAGUAAUGAUUUAUCACAAAAACUAUUAAUGUUAAAAAUUUAAAAAAAUAUUCCCACAUUGAAUGUCGACAAAUAUUAUAACAGUUAACGCACAAACAAUAUCAUAGUCAGAUAUCUAGUCUCAGAUAUAAUGUUUUCACUAAGCAACAUUUUGUGAAUUAAGUAAAAUGACGUACAGAAUUUCUAAGGCUCGCCGCCUCUUAAGCUGUAAACUAGCGUGUUAUGUUUCUGUGAAAUACCUCAGUGGACUGUUUGUGAUAGAUUUAGCCGAUAAGUGUUCAAUUAGUACGUGUAUCAUAUAAGUCAAUUCAUGUACUUUUUGACGUCCAUAUAAGAACGUGUU